GCAAAGUUUCUAUAUUCUCUAUCGGAUGAAAACCCAGAUCUGCAUAAGCAGAUUGGGUGCAUGAAUGGGGUUUUCCAGCUCUUCCACCGCCACCAUUCCCGCACCGGCCGACGCAUCAGCAGCCACAACCACAAGAGACUGCCUCCAGUUCUCUGCAGGGGAAAGUGGAAACCAUGGAGUGGAUCCAAACAAUACAAUGCCGAAAGCCAAGGUAAAGGACACGGAGGCAGCUGUGAAAGAGAAGGAAGGCAUCCUGAUCGAAUCAUCCAGAGCCUCCUGUUCAUCAUCUUCCUGUCCAUCUACCAUCUCAUCAGUUGAAUGUAGCAAACCAGCUCAACAGGAAUUGUUGGCUUCGACACACAUCAUUGCCCCUGAAUCUCCAUUUCUGUCAUUCCCCAAGAAACAAUUGAAUUCUCCAUUGAACUCAGGCCGGCAGUCUACUGAUCUCCGAGAUGUUGUCAAGGACUCAAUCCACAGAGAAAAAUGGGGGCUAUCGGUGAAGACUAAGUCUACAGCAGAAGGAAAAGGCCAUGGCGUGACCCACGUUGAUUCUCCAAGGCCAUUGCAACUGUUGAAAUCUGUGAAGCAGAAAGUUCCUGGUGUUGAUGGAUCAUCUCCAGUUCUUGCUGAGCUUCGAGAAAAGCCUCGAAGUUCCAACCAAGAGAGGUCUCCAGCAUUGCUACCAAAAGAUGCUCCACGAUUCUCUUAUGAUGGAAGGGAAUCACGAGAGGCAUGGAAAUCUGUCAUGAAGCUCAAAGAACUCCCUAGACUGUCAUUGGACAGCAGAGAAGGUUCUAUCAGGAGAUCUGCCACUGAAUCUAGAUCCAAUCAUCUUUUAGAUGAACUAAAGAGAGGGAAUGUAAAAUCAAGCCAAACCCAGGACCCCCAACAAGAGCCAGGAAGUAAUAAACGACCAUCUAGCUUGGUGGCGAAGUUGAUGGGCUUGGAAGCUUUUCCAGAUUCUGUGUCUGUUAACAAUGAUCAGAUGCAGAAUAUUAAACACUCCUUAGAUGAGGAUCUCGAUGCAAUGUCCACCACAUCAAGAAAAGCUGAUGAAGGCAAACAUAAAGAAGUUUCUAGGUCUCCAAGAACUGCCAGUACAGGGCCGGCCUCCCCUCAGUUAAGAAAUACAAAAUCCCUCACAAAACUAAAUCCAAAGUUUCCGCUAGAACCAGCUCCUUGGAGGCAGACAGAUGGGAAACAAGGCUCUCAAAAACCAGCUUUCAUGCAUCAGCAAGCUCACACAAAGGCUCAAAAUUUGUGCCCUUCUGUAUAUGGUGAAAUUGAGAGAAGGCUGACAGAACUUGAGUUUCAAAGAUCAGGCAAGGAUCUCAGAGCUCUUAAACAGAUUCUUGAAGCAAUGCAAAAAACCAGGGAGAGGUUACAGAACAAAAAGGAUGAGCAGACUUUGGAUUUUGAGCCUCAAACAAGCAAUCACAGCCCAAACUACCACAACCUUGGCCAGAUUUCUAUAUCCUCAAGGCAGCGUGGGCAGCCAAGCAUCCAUCUGAGUACUCCCACCAUUAAGGUGACUGAUCCUGCCAAGAAAUUAGAAUCCUCUAUUGUCAUCAUAAAACCAGCUAGAGUUUUCCGGAAAAACACAAACUCACAGCCUCGUGCAAUACCAAAUGAGGGUGCAUCAGACAGAAAAACAGAUUCAGUUGAAAAGCAAACAUCCAAAAAUAGAGUUAACCAUUGUAGAGAACCUUCUUCUCAACCCCUUAGUUCCAUGGAUAGAAGUCCCAAUGCCAGGAUAUAUAGGUCAAUACAAACUUCAAAAGCAUCACACCAUCUGAACCAAGGGAACCCGGCCAGCUUUGGAAGGAGCCCGAUACAGCAACAGAAGCAGCAUGGGAUGGACAAGCUUUCUCGUCCUACCACCCCAAAGUCUGAUUCAAGCAGGGCCAGAAGGCAUUUGAGCAAGCAGCAAGCAGAAUCAGGUUCCCCAAGGAGAAGACUGAAACCAAAAUCUUCCAAUCCACAACAAGGUGAUGACCAAUUGAGCAAGCUCAGUACUGAAACAAGGCAGUUGAGCCAUCAAGGGGAUGAAAUAUCUGUUCAAUCAGAAAGCAAUAUAAGCUCAGCCUCACACACUGACAUAGAAGUAACAAGUAUUGAUCGCUCAAAAGGGGAGAAUGAUGCAUACCAGCACAAAGACCUGAAAAAUGACCUAGUAGCAAGGUUCUGCAACAAUGGAUUUAAAGCUGAAAGUACAACAGCAACAUUGGAACAACCAAGCCCUGUGUCUGUUCUUGACACCACAUUCUACAGAGAAGAAUCACCAUCUCCUGUGAAGAAGAUUUCGCAUGCCUUUAAAGAUGACGAAAGCCUGAACUCUGAUCAAGCAGGAUGGAAUUCAUCGGAGUUAGAUUGCUUGCUGAACAGCACAGGUUCUACUCUGGGCCAUGAGUUUGAUCGAGGAAAAUUAGAAAAUAUCAAAGACUUGAUUCAGCAGCUCAAACAAGUAUAUUCCACAGAUAAUGAAUCUGAGGUGGAUCACAUUGCAUCACUUUGUGGGGAUGCAAAUCCAGAGCACAGAUACAUUGCUGAAAUAUUGUUAGCAUCAGGUCUCCUGCUCAAAGAUCUAGGAUUCAGCAUGACACUCAUUCAGCUCCACCCGUCAGGGCAUUUUAUCAACCCCAGCUUGUUCCUUGUGCUGGAACAAACCAAAGGAAGGAUUGAAUUUCCAGAUGACGAACAUAGCAAUAGAAAUAUUGGUCAAUCAAAAUACGAGAAAAUCCAGAGAAAACUCAUAUUUGAUACCGUCAAUGACAUCCUUGUCCACAAAUUAGCCUCGGCAGCUUUUUCUCUGCCAUGGAUCUCUCCAAACAAACUGCAAGCUAGAAGCCUCACUGGCCAGAAGCUUUUGAGAGAAUUGUGUUCAGAGAUAGAUCAUCUCCAAGCUACACCUGACCACAGCUUACUUGAUGAGGAUACUGGUCUGAUAAGCAUCUUAAGCGAGGACAUGAUGCACCAAGAUUGGGCAGCUUACCAUUCUGAAAUUGCAGGGAUGAUCUUAGUCAUUGAGCGUCUGAUAUUUAAAGACCUGAUCCAUGAGGUUGUCUCUGGGGAAGUGGCUGGCAGGCCAACCAAGCAUUACAGGCGACUGUUUCCAUUGUAGAAGAUCAUUUCAAUCCUCUUCCCAUCGUUUUGUUCCUUUUUUCUUGGUUUCCUUUUGGGGUAAAAGCAUAAGAAUGGAAGCGUAAGAACUAUAUUUCUUCUGUAGUCUGUAAAGAAAAUCCCGUCCAGGGUAUAUAAAGCAGUUUAUUUCAGUCAAAGUAAAUAUAAGAAUAAUUAUCUAUCA